AUGGACAAAACAAAGUCGCAAUCAUUCCCAGCCGACAGAGGACCAAUUCCCCUCGUCGCGAAGCGCACAACCUGUGAAGAGCCAAACAUCGCCCCCGAUUGCAAAAGAGUCAAACGGUUUCAUGAUGGGUUGACAGAGUCGGAUGUCAAAACUCCUGGUCUACCCUGGAGGGUUCCUUUCCCAGAAAAGCCUGCAGUUUUGGAAGAACGAAAUGGCGAGAUCGAGUUCAGAGUUGUCAACAAUGAUGGCUCCCGAGAGAGUACGAUUAUUCUUACGGGUCUUAAAUGCAUAUUUCAAAGGCAACUUCCAGAAAUGCCUAAGGAUUAUAUCGCACGUCUUGUCUACGACCGUACUCAUUUAUCGAUCGCUAUCGUCAAAAUGCCUCUAGAGGUCAUUGGUGGCAUAUCAAUCCGAGAAUUCCGAGACCGCAAGUUUGCCGAAAUCGUUUUUUGUGCAGUUUCGUCUGAUCAGCAGGUGAAAGGCUACGGAGCGCAUCUCAUGGCCCAUCUCAAGGAUUAUGUUAGAGCUACUUCUCCUGUGAUGCAUUUUCUAACCUAUGCCGAUAAUCAUGCCACCGGGUAUUUUCAAAAGCAAGGUUUUACUAAGGAGAUCACUCUCGACAAGUCUAUCUGGAAGGGAUGUAUUAAGGAUUACGAGGGAGGGACACUUAUGCAAUGCUCUAUGCUUGCCCGAAUACGGUAUCUCGAGGUUGGUCGAAUGCUUCUCAAGCAGAAAGCAUCCGUUCUAGCCAAAAUACGCACCUUGAGCAAAAACCAUAUAAUUCAUCUACCGCCUCCGCAAUGGGCUAACGCUAGCGACGGCGUCGUGGUUCCACUCGAUCCACUCUCUAUCCCCGCCAUCCGAGCAACUGGUUGGUCUCCAGAUAUGGACGAGUUAGGGCGAGACUCAUGCCACGGAUCCCGUUUCAAAGGACCUCAUUUCAACGAACUUCGACGUUUCUUGAAUGAAAUCCAAAACCAUAACCAAGCAUGGCCCUUCCUCAAUCCAGUCGACAAAGAUGAAAUCCCUGAUUAUUACAAGACCAUCGCAUCACCAAUGGACCUGUCGACUAUCGAAGGAAGAUUGGAGCUUUACACUUCUCCGAAAGAGCUUGUCGAUGAUCUCAAAUUGAUUUUCAGUAAUUGUCGACAGUAUAAUGACGCUACAACUAUAUACGCUAAGUGUGCGGUCAAGCUGGAGAAGUACAUGUGGAAACUCAUCAAGGAGAUUCCGGAGUGGUCUGACUUGCUUGAGGAAUGA